AUGCCGUCGCAGGAAGAAUACGAGGCGACAUUGGCGGAAGAGCUCGAGGUGCUCGAGAGCAUCUACAUCGACGAGCUCGAGAAGAUCUCUGUCGAGGAGCUGCACAUCCGCAUCGAGCCCGAAGAAGAGGUGCUUCCACUGCUCUUCUCCAUCGGCAUCGAGCCGGGCCAAGCACCAACAGAGAGCGUCGAAGAUGGCUCGCCCUCGCCCAUCGUGCUCUCGCUCCACAUCCAGUACACGCCCGACUAUCCCGAUGCACCACCCAACAUGUCGAUUCACGUGCUCCGCGAUACCAAGGGCGUUCUCGGACCUGUCGUAUCUGACGACGACGAUGCCGAAGAGGAAUCGAACUCUGACAGCCCCGGAGUCACCGAGCUCCAACAAGGCCUUGACGAAGUGGCGGCAGAAUCACUAGGCAUGGCUAUGGUCUUUACGCUCGCCUCGCAUCUUCGCGAAAGCGUCACCACGCUCGUCCAAAGACGUGUCGCCGAAAUCGAAGCCGAGGCAAGCGCCAAGCGUGAGGCUGAGAUCGAGGCCGAGGCGGAAAAGUUCCGCGGCACCGCCGUCACGCCGGAACGCUUCGCCGAGUGGCGCGUCAAGUUCCAGGCCGAGAUGGCGGAGAAGGAAAAGAAGGAAGAGGACGCCAAGAUGGCCAAGAUGUCAGCCAAGGAGAGAGAAGACUACAAGAAGGGCAAGGUCAAGCCGAGCGGAAAGCAGCUCUUCGAAAAGGGCGGCACAUUCGAGGACGACGAUGCCGUCGACGAAGAGGCACAGGAGGUCGACUGGAGCCUCUACACGCGCGAGCAGCGCGAAAGGGAGAGGAGAGAACAGGAGGAGCAACAAGAGCUCCAACAACGCACCGACGGUCUCGCUUUUGAUGACGACGAGGACGAUGCCUGA